CAUCACUUCCGGGCGCCAGGUUCGGGCUUUCUCCUGCAGCGAUAAGGAGAGUCAACAGUCUUUACUAGGGAAAGGAGACAAGUGCUAGCUACUGCCGCCCAAGAGGAAGGUGGGUGAAAUUGCUCACUCUUCACCCCACUGACGCUUUUGCGCACCUGGAAAAGCGGUUCCAGUUUGCGCCCAUCGCCGCCUUAGAGCCGACAGGAGACCAGCGCUACCCAAGUCACGAAUUAUCUAUAGAGUAAGUAUGCUAAUCUUGACUAAGACUGCAGGAGUUUUUUUUAAACCAUCAAAAAGGAAAGUUUAUGAAUUUUUAAGAAGUUUUAAUUUUCAUCCUGGAACACUAUUUCUUCAUAAAAUAGUAUUGGGAAUUGAAACCAGUUGUGAUGAUACAGCAGCUGCUGUGGUGGAUGAAACUGGAAAUGUGUUGGGAGAAGCAAUACAUUCCCAAACUGAAGUUCAUUUAAAAACAGGUGGGAUUGUUCCUCCAGUAGCUCAACAGCUUCACAGAGAAAAUAUUCAACGAAUAGUACAAGAAGCUCUUUCUGCCAGUAGAAUCUCUUCAAGUGACCUCUCAGCAAUUGCAACUACCAUAAAACCAGGACUUGCUUUAAGCCUUGGAGUGGGCUUAUCAUUUAGCUUACAGCUGGUGGGACAGUUAAAAAAGCCAUUCAUUCCCAUUCAUCAUAUGGAGGCUCAUGCACUUACUAUUAGGUUGACCAAUAAAGUAGAAUUUCCUUUUUUAGUUCUUUUGAUUUCUGGAGGUCACUGUCUGUUGGCAUUAGUUCAAGGAGUUUCAGAUUUUCUGCUUCUUGGAAAGUCUUUGGACAUAGCACCAGGUGACAUGCUUGACAAGGUGGCAAGAAGACUUUCUUUAAUAAAACAUCCAGAGUGCUCCACCAUGAGUGGUGGGAAAGCCAUAGAACAUUUGGCCAAACAAGGAAAUAGAUUUCAUUUUGACAUCAAACCUCCCUUGCAUCGUGCUAAAAAUUGUGAUUUUUCUUUUACUGGACUUCAACAUGUUACUGAUAAAAUAAUAAUGAAAAAGGAAAAAGAGGAAGGUAUUGAGAAGGGGCAAAUCCUGUCUUCAGCUGCAGACAUUGCUGCCACAGUACAGCACACAAUGGCAUGUCAUCUUGUGAAAAGAACACAUCGGGCUAUUCUGUUUUGUAAGCAGAGAGACUUGUUACCUCAAAAUAAUGCAGUACUGGUUGCAUCUGGUGGUGUCGCGAGUAACUUCUAUAUCCGCAAAGCUCUGGAAAUUUUAACAAACGCAACACAGUGCACUUUGUUGUGUCCUCCUCCCAGACUAUGCACUGAUAAUGGCAUUAUGAUUGCAUGGAAUGGUAUUGAAAGACUACGUGCUGGCUCGGGCAUUUUACAUGACAUAGAAGGCAUCCGCUAUGAACCAAAAUGUCCUCUUGGAGUAGACAUAUCAAAAGAAGUUGGAGAAGCGUCCAUAAAAGUACCACAAUUAAAAAUGGAGAUAUGAUUUCUGCUGUUCAGAAAAGUCCCUAAAGACAGGGUCUCACUCUCUGACCUCAGCUGGAGUACAGUAGCCAGAUCACUACUCACUGCAACCCUGACUUCCUGAACUCAAGCAAUCCUCCUGCCUUAGCCUCUUGAAUAGCUGGGACUACAGGUGUGCAUGUCCAUGCCCAGCCAACUUUAUUUCUAUUUUUUGUAGAGACAGGCUCUUGCCAUGUUGCCCGGGCUGGUCCUGAACUGCUGAAUUCAAGUGAUCCUCCCACCUUGGCCUCCAGAAGUGCUGGGAUUACAGGUGUGAGCCACCAUGCCUAGCCAAAAUGUUUCUUAAGGUAUACAUUUUGGGUCUUAGAAGACUUAUACAUUUGUAAUAUUUAUUACCAAAUAUCUCAAAGUAUUACAAUAAAUGUUACCAUGUGGGCUACUUUGAAUCGGGCUUCUUGCACACCAAUUUAAAAAUGUUAACUCUUGAUAUAUACACUAGUUAUACCACUCAUGUCAGUCAAUAAAUUUUAAGGUUUAAGUGCAGGCCUUCUUUUACAGAAAUCCUAAUUUUUUGAAACCAUAACUCUGACCUGAUACUAAAUUCCUGUAGACAUGCUAAGGAAAAUCUGCUUAGUAUCGAGAUCAAGAACUUCCAUUCAAAAAGAUUAUUCAGUUAUGUUAUUUGCAUAUUACCAUUAUUAAAAAUAAAAAAUUUUUUAAAA